UCAAUAAAGAUUAAUGUUUGUACGGGUGAAAUGCUCCAUUAAUUUAGUAGAAUGACCCAACCUUUAUAUGCACUCUCAGAUACAACUGGUAGGUUUGUUUUUAAUUUUAUUAUCAUUUCAGCCCAAUCUUCAGAAGAAGUCCAGACAUGACAAAAUCUCAGAUGACCAAAUCCGAACAGCUGUUGAGAAUCGAUGAUCAUGAUUUCACAAUGAGACCGGCGUUUGGAGGACCUCCAAUACCUGUAGGUGUGGACGUUCAGGUGGAAAGUCUUGAUACCAUCUCUGAAGUUGAUAUGGAUUUUACUAUGACGUUAUAUCUGAGACAUUACUGGAAAGACGAACGUUUGUCUUUCCCCAGCACAAACAAUCAGAGUAUGACGUUCGACAGCCGUCUGGUAAAGAAGAUCUGGGUGCCCGACAUGUUCUUUGUUCAUUCCAAACGCUCUUUUAUUCACGACACGACAACAGACAAUGUGAUGUUACGAGUUUAUCCUGAUGGAAAUGUCCUGUACAGUCUCAGAGUCACCGUCACGGCCAUGUGCAACAUGGAUCUGAGUCGAUUUCCUCUGGAUACACAGACGUGCUCUUUAGAGAUCGAGAGCUAUGCAUACACCGACGAUGAUCUCAUGCUGUACUGGAAGAAAGGCAACGAGUCUUUGAACACAGACGACCGAAUUUCUCUUUCCCAGUUUCUCAUCCAGAAGUUUCACACCACAACUAAACUUGCGUUCUACAGCAGUACAGGCUGGUAUAAUCGUCUCUACAUACAUUUCACACUCCGUCGACACAUCUUCUUCUUCCUGCUUCAGACGUAUUUCCCAGCGACGCUCAUGGUCAUGUUGUCCUGGGUGUCUUUCUGGAUCGAUCGCAGGGCUGUGCCUGCCCGAGUUCCUCUGGGCAUCACAACAGUUCUUACGAUGUCUACCAUCAUCACGGGAGUGAACGCCUCCAUGCCCAGAGUGUCGUACAUCAAAGCUGUAGACAUUUACCUGUGGGUCAGCUUCGUCUUUGUCUUCCUCUCUGUUAUCGAGUACGCGGCUGUGAAUUAUCUCACAACGGUGCAGGAGCGCAAAGAGAGAAAACUCAGAAAUCAAUUACCAUGCACGUGUGGAAUAGCUAACCCUGAUGAAGAUAUUAUGAUGACCACAUGCUACAACGACGGGGAUCCCAACACGAUGGGAAGUUACGGGAUGCCAGAAAAUGGAGGCCGACCGGAGAGGAUCGUGGCUCAGCUGACGAGGGCUGACAGUCAGAGGACGGGCCGAGUCAAAUCCGCGCGGGGUUACGUCAACAUUUGGAUAGACACUCACGCUAUAGACAAAUACUCCCGAGUGAUCUUUCCUGGAGCUUACACGCUCUUCAACAUCAUCUACUGGUCAAUCUAUUCCUAACUACUAUAAGAUCACUCCAUCUGAAGAGAUUAUAAAGAUAUAAAUACACAAGAACUAUUAUUAGAGAAAAUCUCUUUGCCUUUAUUUGAUUCAGAACUCUUUUAUAUCUCUGUGUGUUGUAUGCUUUUAUUAUGUAACAAUGUAUAACCACCGAUGUUUACAGAAAUAAACAGCAAUCUAUUAUUUCCAAAUAAGUUGACUGAUUUCAGGAAGAUGUCACCCAGUCCCACAUCAAGCACUUUUUAUUCUUCUCUUGACCGUACACAACCAGUAAAAUUAUCAAAUACAAGCUGCUUAAACAUUAAACAAAUCAUCUGAACAGUUUUGAGGAUAUGCAAUAGCAGUUUAUCAGCUUUUAUCAUUGGAUACUAGUGACCUGUGUGUAUACAUAGUCAACAUUUAAAGUGGAUCAAAACCAUUCAGAAACAUUUUAAAACCUUUGUCUUAGGACAACUUUGAUGGAUUGUUUUAUCCACUUCAAAUGUUGACUUGUAUAUAUAAGUUUUGCAUAUAAAUAAUGGGAAUUCAGUCAAACUCUUUGGAAAAUUUCUUAUUUAGAAUAAAGAGUAUUUCAAAAUUCCUUGUUUCAGGUUGCUUCAAGUUUCAUUUCUUGGUGUCAUCGUCACAUAAUCUAAAGUAGAUUCAUUCAACAUGAAGGAAAAUAUUUUUAAUCUCUUGACCUUAUAUUUAUAUAUAGUUAAAUAUACAGCGGGAAGAAAAAGUAU